AUGACCUCUUGUUGUGUUUGUGGACUGGAGUCAUCAGGUGCUCAUUCAUGCUCAUCAUGUCUACAAGAUGUUCAUGUUAUCUGUGGAAAAAUUAAUGGUGACGAAGGCUGGGGUUGUUCAGUACUUUGUAAUAACUGUGCAACAGAGCCACCUGCAAAGAAAACAUCCACUUGGAGCAUUGCAUAUCCUUCCAGAUCACAAGAGCUAAAGCAUAAGGUUCCAAAUCUGAAACAGCAAACUGAAAAAAGUGAAUGGAAAACCCAUUGUGUAUGUCUAACAUGCUUUGAAAAUGGAAUGGAACCGAAUAUCUAUGUUAUGAGCAGCAGGGACAGCUCUACAAAGAAUAGACAUGUUUUGCGACGUCACCCUCAAGUAACAUUGUCUCAAAUUAGCAUUGUAAAUUUUGAUUCAAAUGGCAAAGAAGUCUCAUUGGCCAGGGAAAAGUAUUAUGCAAGCACUAGCAAUGACAAAUGUAAGAAAAAUAGUUCUAAAACUCAAGGAACAUUGUUUAAUUUUUGUUUUAAACCUGUCGGAGAAGAUUCCCCCACAUUUAUCUGCAACAACAAAAAAGAUGCAAGCAGAAGCAAUAAAGUAAAGAUACCACACACUGAAGCAACAAAAGUCAUUUGUCAAGGUGCUGUUGCAGAAGUAAAGACACCAGACACUGAACCAACAACAACCAAAUCAACUGCUGGGGGGCUUGUUGAAGCUGAUUGCGAAGAUACAGUUCCACAUCAGAGUCACUCUUGUACUUGUAAGCAUAAUACCAACCUAUUAAAUUCCAAUAUGGAUGAAAUGAUUAGAGCAAUAAAAGAGUUUAAAAUUAAAACAUCCACUCCUGCUCCAACUAAACCUGUUAUUUCGUGA